AUGUCUCACCCGUCAGAUGGACGUCGGUCUAUUGAUUCUCAAAAACCCCUCCCUCCACUAACUACGGAACUGUCGGACCCUUCGGGUUCCUCUUUGCAGCAACAAUCAUGGAAUAGGCAACCUGGCGAGCGGUCUCCCGUGACACCCGGGGGAGGUGUCGGAGGGGGUGUUCCUGGUCAGGCCGGGGGUAUUGGUGGUCCUGGUACUGGUGGAAAUGGUGGAACUGAAGGUAAUGGUGUUAUUCCCCAUGGGAACUCACCAAAAUCACACACCCGGAUAUGCCAAAAGUGUGGAAAUGUCCUUACUGGCCAAUUCGUGCGAGCGUUGGGAGGAGCUUAUCAUUUAGAGUGUUUCAAGUGCAGGGAUUGCGGUACAAUAGUGGCUUCACGUUUUUUUCCGAUCGAUGAGGAAGAUGGCCAAGGGCAGUACCCGUUGUGCGAGACCGACUAUUUUCGCCGUCUGGAUUUAUUGUGCCAUGAAUGUGGUGGAGCUUUGCGCGGAUCUUAUAUCACUGCUUUAGAGCGCAAAUAUCAUAUCGAACAUUUUACAUGCUGUGUUUGCCCAACUGUUUUCGGGCCGCAGGAUUCCUACUACGAGCAUGAUGGAAAGGUUUACUGCCAUUACCAUUAUUCGACACAGUUUGCGGCAAGGUGCAAUGGAUGCCAAACCGCCAUAUUAAAGCAAUUUGUGGAAAUAUUUCGAAAUGGGCAAAAUCAACACUGGCAUCCCGAAUGCUAUAUGAUCCACAAGUUUUGGAACGUGCGACUUGCGCCCGUAGAUACAGGGGAGCCCAGAUCUCCUACCGUCGAAGAUCCUACCAAUACUCGAAGAUCCCUGGUUCGGGAUGCGGAGGAAAAAAUGGAAGAUAAAGUGUUCCGUAUCUGGAGUGUUCUGUCUUCUUUCGAGGAAUCUUCUGCCGCCUGCAUUAGUGAUAUGCUUUUGCAUGUUUCAAAUGGUGCCUACGUUGAUGGAGUGUUCGUGGCAGAGAGGUUUAUCUGGCACGUUGAAAUUCUGUUUGGGUCUGCGGAUACAUUAGACGUGCAACUUUUUAGUGUGGCUGCAAAGGGUUUGACAUACUCAAGAGAAGCCAAGUUACUCUGUAAAAAGAUUGUUGCAUUCUUCAGCCUUCUUUCAAAAACCCAGGAUACCGGCGUUCGAAAACUUGGUGUAACACAGGAACUUCUGUCACUUGUGACCGGACUCGCCCAUUAUCUCAAGCUUUUAAUUCGUAUCACGUUGCAAGGUGCACUGCGACUGGAGAGGGAGCACAACAAUGUUGAAGCUUUAAAGAUUUUCCUGGAAGAACUAUCCGACUUAGAGACUGCUAAAGAGGGGAAGCAGUCUCUUGAAUUAACCCAAGGAAUGUCAGAGAACCUCGCGGAAGAAAACUCAGAUUUAUGCGUCAACUGUCAUACGACUAUUGAGGAGGAGUGUGCAAAGUGUGGGGACCGUAGAUGGCAUUUGAACUGCUUGACUUGUUCUGGCUGUAAGCGCGAGUACAAAGGAAAUUUGGAGGAUAGGCUAUGGUUCCCAUCGGAGCAGCGUGUCGUUUGCCAGGCAUGCGGAUCUCAGAUCAACGAUAAACUUGUCCCGUUUGAGCGUGCAUCACGCUUGAAGCAAUAUGUCUACCUUCUCCGAGUAGCUCUCGCACGACUAUUGUUGAGACUAAGGCAAGGAGCAAAUCUACCCCACACGUCAGCAGAUGACCCCAAUCUGCAGACGUAUGAUUCUAAUGAAGGGCACAAAGUCGGGCUUGACCCACCUCUUCUUCGGUCCGAUACCAGAUCAAAGUCAUAUGGUGGAGAGCAAACAGACUCCUACACUAAUACGAUCAAUGACAUUCGGAGGCUACGCUCCACACGCCUCGAUAGGCAGCUUGGGAGCUCGGCAAAGAAAGCUCGGCAAUCGCGCAUUAUUGAGGGACCUGAAGCUGAUAGUGAUCGAGAUAUCAACGGGGAGCAUGUUGUCGAACAUACAUUCGGCGAUGAUAAGAUACUUACUCUAGAUGAUAUACCUAGGAUUGUUGCAGCCGAGCAAGCUCGAGAACAACGUCCAAAUGCCUUUAGGCACCAGAAGCAUAAUCCCUACGAACCCACCUUACCGGGGCAGCCGCCACCGCCUACGCAACUGAGGUCCGCUAAGCGUUAUUUCUCAGAACUGUCGGCCAUCGACUAUUUCAUUGUUCGACAUAUCGCGGUCUUGUCAAUGGAGCCUUUGGUGGAGGGCCAUUUCAACUUGGAGGAGUUAUUGGGUCUUAUUGAAACAAAUAAGAAGACUUUUUGGGGGAAAUUUGGCAAAGCAUUUACGCCCACUGAGAAGAAAAAAGGCGGCAAAAAGAAAGGUGUCUUUGGCGUGGCAUUGGACCAACUUGCCGAGAGAGAUGGCGCGGAAUCGAGCAUGGGCGUCGGCCCAGGCGCCUUACGAAUACCGGCAAUACUAGAUGACGCAGUGGUUGCGAUGCGGCGAAUGGACAUGUCCGUUGAAGGGGUUUUCCGAAAGAAUGGAAACAUUCGAAGGCUCAAGGAACUCGCGGAGGCGAUAGAUAGAGGCGAGGGACAUGUCGAGAUGUCCUCUGAGGGCCCUGUCCAAAUUGCCGCCCUUCUGAAGAAGUUUUUACGUGAGCUUCCGGAUCCGUUAUUAACAUUUAAACUCCAUCGAUUAUUCGUCACAACCCAGAGAAUCACUGAUGAGGAUAAGAAACGACGUAUUCUUCAUCUCGCCUGUUGUCUUCUGCCUAAGAGCCAUAGGGACUCCAUGGAGAUCCUAUUUUCCUUCCUUAACUGGGUUGCAUCUUUUUCACACAUCGACGAAGAAUCAGGCAGUAAGAUGGACAUUCACAACCUAGCGACGGUUAUUACGCCCAAUAUCCUUUACUCCUCAAAGAAAGCGGAAGCCGGGAUGGAUGAUAGCUUUUUGGCGAUUGAGGCUGUGCACACACUUAUACUGUGUAAUGAGGCUAUGUGUGAGGUUCCCGAAGAUCUGCUAUCUAUACUUAACGACACAAACCUAUUCUCGCAUGGCGCCGACGUCACCACGAAAGAUAUCCUCAAGCGUUAUGGAGAUCUAGUUAACAAACCAACGCCAGCCCGCACCCCUCAGGCCACGAGCUCGCCACCAAAAUCCAAGGAUGGUCGACAGCCCACUACACCGGUAUUUCAUCGCGUUGACACCGAUCCCUUUCAGAAUGUUGCAUGGCAGAAGGAAACUACUGCGCGCCAUGUCGGGAUGCCUUCCCAGCAGCAGCAACAUUCUCAGGCACCACUAGGUGUACCCGGUGGAAACAGUGAUCCCAAUCAGUAUCACCGACGCCAUGGACGUGGAGGUUCUGGGUCGAGCCAAGAUGAUGGGAUGGGACAGAAUGGUCAGCAGGGUGGUCAAAAUGGGCAAGGAAAUCCAAACGGUCAUGGGACACCAGGUGGACAAAACGGCUACACAGACAAUCGAUAUCCCCGCCAACAUCAACAGCAGCAGCAGCAGCAGCAGCAGCAGCAGUGGGGCAGAAGACCAGACAACCAAGUCCGAUCACAGCCACCGCAGGGGGUUGGCGCGGUGUAG